AUGGACUUCUCCAACAUUUUCCGUCUGGUCAACAUCGCAGUGGGUGUGCUUAUGGUGCUGGGCGGUAUCAGCCAGUUCUUCCCGCCAUCCAUGAGCUCGAUCAUCGUGGGCAUCUAUGUGAUAGUCUUUGGUCUGGUCGUCGCCGGACUCGAGUUCCUGCCUAACGUGCCGGACUACGCCUACCGCUACGCCUCAUUCCUGUUCUCCUUCUUGGGCCGCGGUAUCUUCUACGUCUUCGUUGGUUCGCUCCUCCUGCACGACCACGUUCUGCGCGAGAUUGCCGGUUCCAUCGUUGGCAUCAUCGGUGUCGCAUACCUGGUCCUUGAGUUCAUCCCGUCCAUUGAGCCUCCGUCGAACAUGCGCGAGUCGGAUCAGGGUUGGGGGGCCGAACAGGUUUAA